AUGCCCGCCCCUUCGUCUGCCUUAGCGCACUCGUCAAGCCACCGGCGUCGAAGAGCCAAGCACACUGCCUAUUGCCUCUGGGUCCCGAUGCCUUGCGCCGAGCGAAUCGAUGUCCUCGACGUUGAGGGUGGCGUUGAGGAGCAGCCUCGAAGUUUGACGGUGGAAUGGCGCCGCUUUCGAUACAGCUGCUUCCUGGCCGUUGAAUACGAAGUCGUCAAUUUCUGCCUACUCCCAUCUUCUGCUGGGAAGCAGCGCUCGUCUGGCGACGUCGUCUUGGCGGCCCUAUCGAUGUCGCUCCUGUUUGUGUUAUCGGGCUGCGGUCUACACUGA